UCGUUCAGUUCUCGUUUAUUUCGGCUCAGUUCACUUCUCUUUGUCGCUUCAUCCUUACCGGUUCGUAAUUUGCCGCCUGGCUAGUACACAGAGAGAAAAUAUUCUCUCAGAGACUGUGAGACUUCCAAGAGAGCUUUUAACCUGGUCGCGAGUAAACGAGACAGCGACAGGCGGGGCGACGCGAUAGAGGGAGAACGAGCUACCGAGAGGGGGAGCCAAGCUGGCCCAGUCGUUGGUUUUUGGCGCUGGUGGAGCUCAUUCACUCGUUUCUGGCGCUCGCGUGCAGUCGCUGCUCCCUAACGGUUGUUUCGCCGUCGCCAGAUCCCGAAAAGGUGCGUGUGCCGGUGUGUGUGUGUGUGUGAGUGUGCGAGUGCUCCCGUGCUCCCGUUCGAGUGAUGGGCAAAAAGUGAAAUGGCAGCGAAAACGAAACGCAGCAUACCCUGUCACGCGAUACCCUGUACUUGAAGUUCUGGACUAGCUCACGCAACAAAAACAACAACAACAACAGUUACUGGGGCCGCUGGAAAGGAGUGAGCGGCGGAGUCAAGUGCAAGUGCAGACCGCCGGCGGUCAUUGAGCUCCAUCUUCCACCCACUUACCCACACACACACACACAUGUGUAUGGUAUAUCAGGUGUGCGUGUGGCAAGCGACAAACGUCACUUUGACAACUUGCCCGCCUCUGCCUCUGCCACUGCCACUGGCUCUGCCGCUCCUCUGCCGAUCGUGCCGCAAGUGAUUUGCGUGCCGUUCUUGCGUUAGCGAUUCCGAUUCCGUGCCGAUUCUGAUUUCCUCUGUUGCAUGCGUCGCCAUCGCCUCUGCCAUCGACAAGCCGUUGAUAAGCCAGGGCCCCCAACGCAAUCCCAACCACAACAGAAGCAACAUUCCUCGAAAAGUGCAAGUGAUGGCCCAAAUGACUCCGAUCGGCCAAAACAUAAACAAGCAAAAAUCGGGUUUCCAGAAUCAAAACAAAAACAAUCCAGCAAGAGUGGACAGAAAUUGAAAAGGGGGUUGACUUGGGGUCAGAGGACUACGGUUCUGAUAGGCAGUAUUUCCAAUUUCCAAUUUAAAUGAGAGUUUAGUCAUGAGAGCUUAGCUUCUAUGCCUUAAGGACUUCCAAAUAAUAUAACUUGAUCAAGUUUUCUGAAUUCAAAUAUUUUUAGAUCUCAAGGAAGUAUGUUAUAGACAUUCUUUAGAAUAUUAUACGCUCGGUUGCAGACAAUAAUGUUGCUAAUGUUCCCAUCCUUAUAAACUUUGAAAACUUUCAGUAGUUUUUGAACCCAAUUGAGAUUUCUUAUAAUGUGAUAGAUAACGAUAAAGAAAAUAUAAUAAUUCUCUUCAAAAACAUGUUUUUAUUCAUUAUUUGUUUUUUUUUCUUAAGAACUUCAAAAUAAUAUCGGGAACUUGAUAAUGUUUUCAAAAUUAAAAAAGUGUUUAAGUGUAAAAGUGUUAAGUGUAUCUUAAGGAAGUAUUACAUGAGGUUUAAAAGAACUUAUUCGGGACUUAUGCCUUAAGAGGGCUUCCAAAUAAUGUCACUAACUUGAUCAAGAUUUAAAAAUUCUAGUACUAGACGAAUAUUAUGAGCUUAUCCCAAGGCUUAUUCCCCCAGAAAUAAGUUCCGAUCGAAAUCUCUUAUAACUUAUAACAAAAAAUAAUGCUCCUAACUUGAUAAACUAAGGGAUAAUCCCACUAAUCUUUGAUCUCAAGUGAGAUUUCCAAUAAAAGAUAAUAUUCUCUCUAAAGAGAAGUGUUUUUUUUUCAUUAUCUAAGUUCUAAAACAUCUAUUGUAAACUACUACUUGAAACCUCAAAGUCUAAGUGGCUAUUUUAUGAACUUGAUUAGAGCCUUUCGAGCAAAUCAAAUGAUAGAUGUUCUAAUACGAUGGCCCCAAAUUGGUGACACAUUGCAAUAACUGGCUAAUUGGCAUUCCAUUACCAGCAGAACAACUUCAACAAUUUCGAACAAAAGCAGGCCCAAGUACAAUCGCCAGACCCAUCGCAGUUCCCACCCCUUUUCAAUCUCUCAAUUGCUAAACCUCUGAUUCCCAUCGAAUCGUGCCUAUAUAGAUCCGAUCCAUCCAACUGAAACUGAAGUGCAAUAAACCAAAAAAAAUCAAAAAAAUAAAAAUAAAAGAAGCGAGAAAUGAAAAAGCAAACAAAAUGUAACCGUGAUGAUAAUUAAAAAUAAAACACAAAGAGGGAAAAAGAUACAAAAUUUACGCGUGGCUACAUCUCCGAAACCGAAACCCCGCAGCAGGAUCUCUGCGGAUCUGAUCGCGCCCAGCUUCUGGCUGUGUCUGUGUGCCGGAUCCCAGUGUGGUGUGCGAGUGUGCGAGUGUGGAGUGUACCAGAGUCAGCCAAAUCAAUAAAUAAAAACCAAUUACAAACAAAAAAGUACAAAAAAAAAAGUGAGGAAGGGAAGACUGGAGAUAUUGAUACGAAAAAUAUUAAGAAUAAAAAUCAUUCACCACGGCGACCAUAACGAACUCCGCCCUAGCAAUGAGCCAGCUGGGCACCGUCUACGCCACCAAGCGAAGGCGACGCAACGGCAAGAGCCUGAAGCCGCCGCCCAAGGAUGGCGUCACAAAGAGCAAUCCAUCAAAGCGGCAUCGGGAGCGCCUCAACGCCGAACUGGACCUCCUGGCCUCCCUCCUGCCCUUCGAGCAGAACAUCUUGAGCAAACUGGAUCGACUGAGCAUUCUAAGGCUGUCCGUUAGUUAUUUAAGAACCAAAAGUUAUUUUCAAGUUGUUAUGCAUAAGGAUAAGGAGGAGAACGGAGUCCUGCCCCACAUACACGCACACGACGGCUACAGGACACGGGAGCUGGGCGCCUUCGAGCACGGCCUGCUGGAUGGUGAUAUGUUCCUCCAGGCCCUAAAUGGAUUUCUAAUGAUACUGACAUGCGAAGGCGAAGUCUUCUUUGCCACGCACAGCAUCGAGAGCUAUUUGGGUUUUCAUCAGUCCGACAUUGUCCAUCAGUCGGUGUACGAGCUGGUCCACUCGGAGGACCGGGAGGAACUGCAGCGCCAGCUGCUGUGGAACAGCUUCCUGCCCGCGGACAUGUCCAGCAUGCAGCUGGCGGAGACCCUGGCGCCGGACAAGGCCCUCUACCUGGAGCGCAGCUUCACCGUCCGCUUCCGCUGCCUGCUGGACAACACGAGCGGCUUCCUGAGGCUGGACAUCCGCGGCCGGAUCAAGGUGCUUCACGGCCAGAACCGCAAAACGGAGGAGCCUCCGCUGGCCCUCUUCGCCUACUGCACUCCGUUCGGGCCGCCCAGCCUCCUGGAGAUCCCGCACAAGGAGAACAUGUUCAAGUCGAAGCACAAGCUGGACUUCUCCCUGGUGUCCAUGGAUCAGCGCGGCAAGCACAUCCUGGGCUACGCGGACGCCGAGCUGGUCAACAUGGGCGGCUACGACCUGGUGCACUACGACGACCUGGCCUACGUGGCCAGUGCCCAUCAAGAGCUUCUGAAGACCGGAGCAUCGGGCAUGAUCGCCUACCGCUACCAGAAGAAGGACGGCGAGUGGCAGUGGCUGCAGACCAGCUCCCGGCUGGUCUACAAGAACUCCAAGCCGGACUUUGUGAUCUGCACGCACCGCCAGCUGAUGGACGAGGAGGGCCACGACCUGCUGGGCAAGCGCACUAUGGACUUCAAGGUGAGCUACCUGGACACGGGCCUGGCGUCCACCUACUUCUCCGAGGCGGACCAGCUAGUAGUGCCGCCGAGCGCCUCGCCAACGGCCCACGCCCUACCGCCGCCGGUGACGCCGACUCGGCCCAACCGCCGCUACAAGACGCAGCUACGCGACUUCCUCUCCACGUGCCGCAGCAAACGCAAGCUGCAGCAACAGCAGCAGCAACAACAGUCGCAGCAGACCUCGCCCCUGGGUGGCCCGGUGGGUUCCCCUUCGCCGGCUGUGGCUGUGGAGUACUUGCCCGACCCGGCGGCAGCUGUGGCAGCGGCCUAUUCCAACCUGAAUCCCAUGUACACCGCCUCGCCGUACGCCAGUGCGGCCGACAACCUGUACAUGGGCAGCUCCAUGCCGGCCAACGCCUUCUACCCGGUCAGCGAGAACCUCUUCCACCAGUACCGGCUCCAGGGCGCCGUCGGCGGCUACUACACGGACUAUCCGCACUCCGGCGGUCCGGCCUCGGCGUAUGUGGCCAAUGGCUUCCUCUCGUACGACGGCUAUGCCAUUGCCUCCAAGGCGGACGACAAGUGGCAGGAGACGGGCAAGUACUACAGUGGCUACAGCAGUGGGUAUGGAAGUCCCACCUCCACGCCGCAGCAAAUUCCUCUGAAGACACCGAAGUCCUCACCCCAGGUUAUGGAAGUGAUUUCUUGCUCCUCGGACGGACCCUCACCGGUGGGCGGAACCACUCCCAAUGGCGCCGGAAAUGCCACGCCCAAAGUGGAGCUCUCGGCCUCGACAGCCGGGGGCGCUGCUGUGGGCCAGGAUCCCUACGAACGCCAGACGGUGCUCAUGUGGGGCACCACGCACUCGAGCGGCAUCCCGCUGAACAGCCUGCAGGGCGGACGCACAGGCUCGGGCAAUCCGAGCUCCCCCCAGCGGACCACGCCCCUCACCAAUGGACUGGGAUAUGCCGGCGCCAAUAACAACAACAACGAGCACGAACCGGCGACGGCGGCCAAGUGGAACGGAACGAAGGAGCUGCCGGGAAAAUCUGCCAGCGCCAGUACGCCGGAAAGCUACCAGCUGCAGCACGACGACUCCGGGCUGUACUCCGCCUCCUCGCACACCACCUCGCCGCAGCAGCAGCAGCCGCGAGGAGUGGGUUCCAAUGUGAGCGCCACCAGUAAUUCCCUUCCACACCCAGUUGCGGUCACCGGAGCCGCGGGCAACAACAGCACGGGCACAGAUCACCAGCCGGUGCACCCGCCCAGCUGCCACCAACAGCAGCAGCAGCAGCAACAACAGCAGCAACACCACCACGCCCACCCGCAUCCUCACUCGCAACAUAACCAUCAUCACCACCACCACGAGGUGGCGCAUCAGCACGGCAGCGAGAUCAUACUCGCCGCUCACCAGCAGCAGCAGCAGCAACACCAGCAGCAGCAGCUAGCCAGCUACCCGCUGCACCACCAGAUGGGAGUGGGAGUCGGAGCUGGAGCAUCGCCACCACCACCAACGUCCCGCUCGCCCGUGGCUCUGCCGGCGGUGAGCAGCCUGCUCAACGGAUCGGCGGCCGGAGGAUCCGCCGAUGUCCCCUACCAGCAGCUGGGCCUCGUGUCCGCUCCGCUCGUGAUCUGCGCCGAGGAGGUUGGCCUGGGACGCAAGUCGAUUAAGCAACACGCCGUCCAGCACCAGCAGCAGUCCCUGCAGCAGCAGCACGCUCUCUACCAGCAGCAGCACUCGCACCACAAUCUGUUGUAUCCGGCCAACAUAACGGCGCACACGGCUCUGGCCUAUGCCCCACCCACUGCGGGGGGCACUUACGCCGAUGGCAGUCCGCUGCUCUCGUUCUCGGAGGUGACCAACACACUCCUGAACCAAUGAGCCGGUCAAUGAGAGGAAGCCAGUGGAAGCAUGGGCAGCUGGGACGGCGGAGGAGGAGGAGGAGUAGAAGGUGGAGGAGGGAGCACAACCAUGUUCAACAGUUUUGCCAAAAUGUGGACUAUGACUAUCGUAUCUUCCAUAAUCUGAACCAGCACAGAACCAGGAUAAUAGCUAGCGCACCCCACUCCUUGGUUGAUUUUUCCAGCUAGCAGCGGUAGUGGCAGUGGCAGUGACAGCGACAGCGGUAGCGAAGAAUUAUGUUUAUUUUACUGUGAUAAUUUAUAGAUACAUUGCCUGGGUUUUGAAAAAAAUCCUCAAACCAAUCCGAACGAAAUAGCCGCAAUAUCCGCGUAUCCACAGCUCCAACAUCAAUGGGGCGAAGAUACUGCGAUCCUAACCAGCACAAAGUUGCGAAGCGAUGUCCUCGCCGCGACCCUCAAUUCAGUUGUAGUUGCAACCAAAGAUUUCUCUUAAAACUAUCAUUUUAGCAUAAUGCGGUGCAUCCAAUCCAAUUAGUUACAUUCCAGCUGCAGUCGGGAGCAGAGCAGGAGGAGCACAAGCCCACUUGUUGCGUCUAGGAGUGCUUAAGCAUAGAUCUAAGGGAAUAACAGAUGCUUGUAUCCAUAUUAAAUUAAUGUAUCUUUAGGCGUUUAGGGUAAUGCAAGAGAUAAAGUAAUUUUCAUGAUUCCUAUCGUUUAGCAAGUAAUUCAAUUAGUCCGUAAGCGGACAUAUCCGUACCCUUGUAUUGUACUUUAUUGUUUAAAGUUUAAAGUUUUCUUGGAAUUUCUAGUCGCCCGCAUAAAACAUUAACUUAUAAAUCAAACAAAUAUACGAUAUAUAAUAUAUAUACUUUGAUAGUGUACAAUUUCGCAAUUCGGCAGGCAAUACUGUACCGUAGUUCGUACUACUCGUAUAUUGAUAAUUGAAUUUUGUUAACCAGCAUGGAUGAUAAGCUAUCAAAAUUAACGCAUAAUAUUCUAGAAGUCCUAUACAUAUAUCCGAGCAAAAUGCAAUUCAUGAAUGUAGAUACUCUCUCAGCUAAUACAAUUUCAAUUAUAAAUUUACGAAAUAAAUCUCGAGUGCAUGUUAAGCGCCUCUAUCCAAAACAAUCAGAGCAAAAUAAAUCUAGAAAAUAAACAAAUUAUUUAA